CUAAACGUAAGGGAGCAAAAGUAAAGAGAAGGCAGAAGCACUGAAAGACACACAAACGCAAACAGACAAGCAUUAUCUCCAUGUUACAGUGCUGUGAACACCAGCUCAUGCAGGAAUCUGGAGUUUCUACUUUGCAAUUCACCUGCAGAAUGAAUGAACCUGAGCUGAUAUCUGAGCAGUGGCCAUAGAUGUUAAUAUUGUGGAAGUUUUCUAGCACCCAAUAUCAUUGUUGGUGAAAAACAGAUGUGGAGUCCUGACUUAAUUACUUUGGAUAUCACUGUGACAUAGGAGGACACAAAUCUGCAAGCUUUCCUGUUUCAGAAGCUAACACGAUGUUCACGGCCCUGCGCUUGGUAGUAUUGGUGGUCUUCAUCGUGCUGACCAUUUGUGGAAACAUGCUGGUUUGUCUGGCUGUGGCCACGAGUCGGCGUCUGCACCAGAUUAGUAGCUGUUUUAUACUCUCACUGGCCGUGACAGACUUGCUGCUGGGUAUGCUGGUACUUCCACUUUCUGCCAUGCUGGAAUUACGCAAUGGGAGAUGGCCCCUCGGGGGUGUUUUUUGCAAUAUCUACAUCUCUCUGGAUGUGAUGCUCUGCAGUGCUUCAAUCCUCAACCUACUAGCCAUUAGUGUUGAUCGUUACCUUGCCAUUUCAAACCCUCUCUGCUAUCCCAGGAAGGUCACACCUCGUCGUGUGGCGGUCACUCUGACUGCAAUUUGGACGUGCUCUCUGGCUGUGUCCUUUUUGUCCAUUAACCUAGGCUGGAACACUCCUGACUUCACAGUGCAGAACCUGGGCUGGGACAUGUGGGAUGAAGGAGAGGAAAGCAGGACCUGCCGCUAUGAAUGGAAUAAUAAUUAUGUGCUGCUGAAAGCCUCUCUAAUCUUCUACCUCCCCCUGCUGGUCAUGUGUGGAAUGUAUCAUCGCAUUUUCUGUGUUGCACGUGAACAGGUGCGGCGUAUACGAGCAACUACUCCUUCCUUUGUGCAGUCUGCAAACGCAGUUGCCAUUGCUCGGGAACACAAAGCCACAGUGACCCUGGCCGCAGUGCUUGGUGCCUUUGUCAUUUGCUGGUUCCCCUAUUUCACCUACUUCACGUACAUGGGUAUGUGGGCAGAGGUCCACCCAAACAAACUGACCCACUCUAUCGUUCUUUGGUUGGGAUACCUCAACUCUGCAUUGAACCCCAUUCUUUACCCAGCCUUAAACAGGGAUUUCCGUCGGGCAUGCGGACAGCUGCUUUGCUGUAGACGCAGCAAUCAGGGGCAACUGCCAUUUGUUCACCCCUUUUAAAUGAACAGAUUCAUAUCUUCUGACACCAGUGAUUAAAAACACAAAGCUCCUGUAGCCCACCAUGGUCACCUGCAUGUCCAGUUGUCCAAUGUUUGCUAGGCCUGUGCUUUCAGUACCUUCCCGUCCUGUGGCUCCCGCACCAGAGCCAGCUCACAACAUGGCCACCACACCAGAGCCUUUAUCUAAUGUCAUGGCUGCUGCUCCAGAGUCUCCAGCCGUCAUGGUCGCCGAGCCAGAGCCUCCGGCCACCAUGGAAGUCACAGCCAUCACAGAUGCCACUCCGUUUCCCUGUUGCAUUUGAAGACACCCAGGUGUUUUUAAAGACGUUUGAGACAGCAUCUGCUCCAGCCCUUGAGUUCGCACCGGAACCUGCUCCAGUCAAUGAAUCCACUCCAGAGUCUACUCCGGUUGGUGAAUUUGUCCCAGAGCUCAGUCCUGUGUUGGAGCUGAGCUGUGAGCUUCCUGCCUGUCCUUUUUUGACCACAGUGAU